GACAAGUUCUCAGUAGCCGCUGUAGUGGACUGUACAAGCCUGGUGAAAUCAUUUCCGGUCAAUUUAUACUACACGCUCAACACACAAGCCACCCUCAAUCAGUUGUGCCGAGUCCUCGCUGAUCCUUCUGAAGAAUCGCAAAAGUAUACCGUGUCAGCGGAGCUCUUUAACAAGGCCGGAUGGAGAGGAAUACACAGUGGACAUCUGGGAUUGCUGUUCAAUGUUGUGGAUGAAUACAACUUUGAUUUCGUUUACCUUAGGUAAAUCUUUUGCUCACAGACUUCCCAAAAUUCACACAAUGAGUUUGUUGGGGUUGCGGAAACCAUUGUUGGUUCGCUUUGUGUUUUUCCAUUCUUUUGCUUUACGUCAUUAGAUGAUUGCACCCGUCCACAACACCAAGAAACUACUGGAACGUUGUUGUCCUUGCUUUUCAUGAUUUAAACAGGAUAACUCUAUAAAAAGGAAGCGGUUUCAUCCACGGUGUUGAAAUAGAGCGUUUUCACAUGACGUCACGGCGGCCAUAUUGGUGCUCCAUAACAAUGAAACGGCGGCCAUGUUGGUGUACCAAGAAAAUCCUCAUGGAGUUGAACUCUUUUCUCAUGUAAAUGCUUUAAUCUUUUGUUCCAGUAAAUUAGCAUAGCUGCUGGAAACGUGACUGGAAACGCUCUAUUAUGAGUCACCUUCGUCCCCAGGGUUUUUUUCAUGGUCCCGGGGGACGAGGUUGAAUAUGAGUCACUAGCAUUAUCGAGCAUUAUCAUGUCAAGAUAAAGUGCACAAUUCAUUGCCGGAUCCAGACCUUGACAUAAGAGGGGACCGGUCAUCAGACUGUUAGAUAAAGGGGGGGGGGGGGGGGGGAAUUUUUCAGUCCUUCGGGCCUCAUUUUUGUCCAAAAAUAAGGAGGGACCCCCUCCCCUGGAUCCGCCACUGCAGUUAUUUGACUUUUUUUGCAAAGUGUAACACAUAACCUUGCCUGUAGCAUAAUGAACAGAGAAAAACAAAUCUAAAUUUCAGUAUGUGCUCACUUUCGUUUCCCUCCUUCCCAUCAACCCAAAUAAAGACGACUAAGGACGAGUCAGGGCCUGAAAGUCAACUAAUCAAAAGCUAUUGUAAUGUAUAAUUUCGAUUUUGUGAAAAAAAAAAAUAGCGAAGCGUCUGUAAAGUAUAUUACUCAGUUUUUCGCAAUAGGACGGCACACACAAACGUUUGCCAUCCCCUUCUUCCUGACAAACCUAACAAGGCUAUUACCUGCAUGAUUUUUGUGAUCUUCACUUAACAUUAAUGUUUUCUGGUAUUUUACAAAAAGAUCUGUUUGAAUGAAGGUGAAGUUUGGCGGAAGGUUUUUUCCGAACAAAAUUACUGUUACGUUUCUCACACAAGGAUUGCCGUCUUCUUUCCUUUCCCGUCCUAUUGCAAAAGUUUAGUAUUGGCCCGGAAAGGGACGUUGUUCUGCACGUAUGCAUCAGUUAUCGAAUUGAUUUACUAAUUGCAAAAUAUCCUACAACUUACUAUUCAGACCUCACUCUUCCAGUGGAUGUUAUCAGACUGGAUACAUGGCAAAUGGCAAGCUGAAGUUUGUCAAGAGUGCGGCGUGUUCUAAUGGAGCUCCAAAAGGUGGAGUCUGGUUCCCAGUCUCAGUCACGGUGAACGGCCAAGAUGCACAAGUGUACCACAGUGGGGUCCUGGUCGCGACCACGAAGCCUCAUUUCCCUCCUAAGGCCUGGGGAGGAGUGUUCGCUUAUAACGGUUACAAAAAUGUGAUCCUCUUCAGAAAUUUCACAACUGGUCCUAUCAUUCACGUCAGCAAGAGAUGCAAACGCGUGGUUGACUUGCCAAGAUACACUGAAAUGGAUGCUGCCCACGGAAUUUGGCCGAAGGAUGGCUUCUGUCAAGUAGCUUACCUUAGAGACGGCAGUACAUCAAGUUAUCAGCUCUCAGUCGAUAUGUACAACUUCAUGGGAUGGCGAGGAGCCAACUCUGGUCACCUAGGAGUGUUUUUAAACGCCGAAGAUCAAGACAACUAUGACUUCGUCUAUUUUAGGUUUGCUGCAAUUUAUAGACGCAUAAGAGGGAAAUUGUCGGUAUUUUGAUUUCAAACCAGAGCGACAAUCUGAAUUUUUCAAAACCGUCUUACGACCGGUUUUGUUUACGGAAAUGAUUUCGGAGUAUUAGAAAUUCUAUGUGAAGAUAGGGAGUGCUAUAUUAGGUGAAAUGUUUUCGUGGCUUGGUUAUGUAAUAAGCCUUUUAGGUCUUAUAAUCGCAUUCGCUUAAUUUUCUGUAUCGUUUCUUUUUAUUUCCCAGGCCUCAUUCAUCCGGCUCAUGUUUUCAGACGGGUUACGUUUACAAAGGUCAACCAAAAUUUGACGGAGCAAAGACCGCCUCUUGCCCCAACGGUCCCCCCAAGGGAGCAGAAUGGUUCAACAUCAGGGUGGUAGUGUCAAACCCUACUCCCACCAAAGAAGUGAAGGUCUACCUGAAAGGAACAUUGGUGACAUCAUUCAACCCGCGCUAUCCAAUCAGAAAACGUGGUGGUGUCUUGGUUGCCAAUGGUUACAAUAAUGUGGUGUAUUACAAGAACUUCAAGUUCUUCUCUGGUCCUAUCAUUCACGUCAGCAAGAGAUGCAAACGCGUGGUUGACUUGCCAGGAUACACUGAAAUGGAUGCUCCCCACGGAAUUUGGCCGAAGGAUGGCUUCUGUCAAGUAGCUUACCUUAGAGACGGCAGUACAUCAAGUUAUCAGCUCUCAGUCGAUAUGUACAACUUCAUGGGAUGGCGAGAAGCCAACUCUGGUCAUCUAGGAGUGUUUUUAAACGCCGAAGAUCAAGACAACUAUGACUUCGUCUAUUUUAGGUUUUCUGCAAUUUAUAGACGCAUAAGAGGGAAAUUGUCGGUAUUUUGAUUUCAAACCAGAGCGACAAUCUCAAUUUUUCAAAACCGUCUUACGACCAGUUCAGUUUACGGAAAUGAUUUCGGAGUAUUAGAAAUUCUAUAUGAAGAUAGGGAGUGCUAUAUUAGGUGAAAUGUUUUCGUGGCUCGGUUAUGCAAUAAGCCUUUUAGGUCUUAUAAUCGCAUUCGCUUAAUUUUAUGUAUCGUUUCUUGUUAUUUCCCAGGCCUCAUUCAUCCGGCUCAUGUUUUCAGACGGGUUACGUUUACAAAGGUCAACCAAAAUUUGACGGAGCAAAGACCGCCUCUUGCCCCAACGGUCCCCCCAAGGGAGCAGAAUGGUUUAACAUCAGGGCGGUAGUGUCAAACCCCACUCCCACCAGAGAAGUGAAGGUCUACCUGAAAGGAACAUUGGUGACAUCAUUCAACCCGCGCUAUCCAAUCAGAAAACGUGGUGGUGUCUUGGUUGCCAAUGGUUACAAAAAUGUGGUGUAUUAUAAGAACUUCAAGUUCUUGUAA